CAUUCGUGGAGUUUAUAUAUACAGAAGUCUACUGUUAUCAUAUUAAAGGCUUCCCAGUUCCCACGGUACCUACAUAAAACCACCUUAUCCCACCCAAAACAUGUCACCUCGAAGUUCGAACGCUAUAUCAAGAAACACCAAUAAACCCCCCGGAAGGCCUGUCCCUCCCUCUCCUUCUUAAGAUGGAAGGAACGGACCGUGGUUUGCGGUCCUCAUACUAUGUAGAGGGUGAUGGCGCGGCCAGUGAUGGUUUGCUUUCCCGUCUUACUGCUUGGUAUGAUAUCGAUAGUGAGAUCGCAACCCUCGGAGGGCAGGGCUUCGGCAUUGGCUUCUUUCUGGUCGGUUGCUUUCCUGAUUAGUGGGUGGUAUCUUGUGAUGGUGAUCCACCUCCAUCUUUCCAUGAGCUCUCGUCAUGUUUUCCGGCAGUAUUGCCCGAAAUGUUGCGGUGCCGGUAGCACGCGCAGAUGGCAUCAGCUGGUCCCAAAAGAACAAGCCCUAAGUCGAGGUCGAAGUCGAAGUCGAAGGAAGAAUAUGGUGUCGAAGGCUGAAAUGUAGAGAUUGUGGCGUCAGGCAGCAAAUGGGGGAG